AUGUUGCUGCUGCCUCUGUCGUCUGCCAGUCUCCUGGUGGGUGAGAUCCAGGGCAGGAAUGACUUGUCUGUGAACACAGAUCCUGCGUCCUCCACCUUCGACUUCAACGGCAACCUGAAAUGGAAGGUGUGGACCGGUUCUCUUCCAAAGGGAGCGGUCUCCAUUGACAACACCUACGCCACACGCACCGACUUUGUCUGCAAACGCGAGUGUCGCGCCGGCUUCUACAACGCCGACAUGGGUGCGUACUGCCACUACCCUGAAGACGGGGAAGAGCAACGCUCCUCCUCCUUUGAGAUUCUCGUGAACGAAGACGACUUUGAAGUGGUUGAGUGGAAGGCGGCUUCAUACGCUUCAGUGCCAGAAUUCUCAGUCCGAACCUGCUCCACUGAAAGGAUCUACGUAGGGAAGGACCAGUACGGUCUCGGGAUGGUAGACAAGAGAAUCGGAGCUUUUAUUCUCCCUUGGAAAGGUACUGUAUAUCAAUACACAGCCUACGAGGCCCUGACCAUCACUCACGAGUUUGAGAGCCAGCACAUCUUUGACGUCAAGUACCAGACCAAAAACUCUGAAAUCGUUCAAUUUGCUCCAAAGAACCUUCCGACCUCCACCCUCGUCAACAACGAAUGCAGUCCAGUCACAAAGACGGUGACUGUCUCCAAGUCGACCAGGGAGGAGAGAAGGUGGGACAUCGCCGGCUCCCUGGGGUUUGGAGUCAGGGCCACGUUCACCGGAGGACUGCCCCAGUUUUUCUCCGGCAAAGUUGAAGUCAGUGCCGACGUGACGUUCCCGUUCUCCGGAGGACAGACCAUAAAAGACGAGUCCUCCAACACCGUCUCUACGACACUCACCGCCCCAGCAAACCACCGCUGCAAAGUCCAGAUGCAGGGCAUCAUGUCCAAGAGCAACGUCCCCUUCACCGCACGAGUGAGCCGUUACUACGGAGACGGGGAGACCAAGUCCACGGUCGUCUCCGGGAUGUUUCACAGCACCAGGAUGGGAGAGAUCCAGGCCGUGGUGGAGCGGUGCGAGCCGGUGGCCGACGCCAGACCUUGCUCUGUCCGGAAGUCGCCAGAGUCUAGUUAAAAUCUUUGAAUCUAAAUCAAUCUGAUCAGGAUUCACACGAGA